AUGCGGGUGCGGCCGGCGUACGCACAGAGGAAGCGGAAGGAAGCGAAGUUCUGUGGCGUCGUUCCCUGCGGGGGCUUGGCCGACGUCGAGGUCAAAAGCUCGCUGCUUCCUUCUUCGGCACGUCGAUCCGGGGGAAGGCGGCGCGACGUUCCGAUAUUGCACCAGGGCACUCGAUCCUCGACCGAUGAAGACGACAGCGGGUGGUGGAGCGGCGAUGAUGCAAUAGAGAGGCUGACGAGGAAGCCGAUUCCAUGGGCGCCGCUGGCGGUGAGGGGGAGCCUCGCGGUGGUGAAGCAGUCGGAGGACCCGAGACUGGAUUUUCUACGGUCGAUGGCGGAGAUGGUGGUGGAAAAGCAGAUCGUGUCCAGCAAGGGGCUGGAGCAGCUGCUGCAAUGCUUCAUGUCGCUUAACUCGAGAGAACACCACGCCGCCAUUCUCGCAGCCUUCGAGGACAUAUGGCAAGCCCUCUUCCCGGCGGUACCUGGCCGCUAA